GGGAUGGGUGCCUAUUUCUUGGAGACCGUUGACUCCUCUCUCUCUAUUUCCAUCCGCUUCUACUACUCCACUAUUUGCCAAGCCAAUCGGGAGAUCGAGCAGAGCUGCAGAGAGCAGAGGGAGAUCGGAGAUCGAGAGCGCGCGGGGGGAGCUAGAGCUAGGUAGCGAGGGAGGCUGCUGCAGCAGCGAGAAGCCCAAGCCCCUAGGGCGAUGGCGGCGGAGGCCGGGAGCGGCGGCGUGGUGAAGCACAUCCUGCUGGCGCGGUUCAAGGAGGACGUGGCGCCGGAGCGGCUGGACCAGCUCAUCCGCGGCUAUGCCGGCCUCGUCGACCUCGUCCCUUCCAUGAAGGCCUUCCACUGGGGAACUGACGUGAGCAUAGAGAACAUGCACCAAGGAUUCACACACGUAUUUGAGUCCACUUUUGAAAGCACAGAAGGAGUCAAGGAGUACAUUGAACACCCAGCACAUGUUGAAUUUGCAAACGAGUUCCUGCCUGUGUUGGAGAAGACCCUCAUAAUCGACUACAAGCCAACUAUCGUAAAUAACAGCUGAGCUAAUAACAGUUUGGAUGCUUCUUUCAUCGUUAAUUGCACUUCAGAAUGUCUGGGAGAAUUUUAUUUUUAGUUACCCAAAUUUGAACUUUCAUGCUGAAUAAAUUUGCCCUAUAUAUUACCUUUCGAGAGCAGUUGUUCAAUUUGUUGUACGCAAUCCAAAUAGUUUGCUUGUUAUGUUUUAAAAAGCUAGCCUCCAAUAUACUCCUCCUUUUCAUAAUA